GAGGGAAGGAUAGAGAGGAGCGGCAGGGAUGGAGAGAGGAGCGGGCCCCGCUGCAGAGAACCCCCCGCACACACGGGCCCGGUGCCCGAGCCGCGCCCCGGGAGCGCCGGGAGGACACCGGGGGCCGCCCGGGGGGGCUGCCCGGGGCUCCUGGCCGCUCCUCUCCGCCCCGAGCCGGGGUGGGCUGCGGGACCCCCGGGCCGGAGCGCCCCGUGCCGCUCGGACACCUCCGGUUCCGCGGUUCGUGUGAGCGGCGCCGAUGCCGGGCUCCGGCAGCCCCGGCGGGCACGGCGGAGCUCCUGCCCCGCUCCUGCAGAGGGAACCGGCCCAGCCAGGCCCUGGGGAACGCGGAGUGCCCCCGGACAGAGCCUCCAGGCAGGGAUGUGUGUGCCCUGCCCACCGGCCUGCCCGCGGCAGCCUGGCUUCGUUUAUUUUCGGAUUUCUCAGUUUUCGGAUUUCUCAGUUUUCAGAUUUCUCAGUGAGAUUUCUCAGCCUCCGUUACCAGUCUGUUGGUAAUACUGACACAGGUUAUGGUGUGUCAGUACUGUUAUGGGGGAAAAAAAAAAAAAGCUUAAUGGAGGGGUUAUUAUAAUCAAACUGCACCAUUUCCCUGGGUGAAAACCUUCCUUGGACUUUCCAAGAGACGCCAGAAUCAGUUUUGGCUGCGUUUCCAAAACUAUCCCACUGCCCAGCAAACCAAAGCAAGCUGAAUGUGCACCUUGAGUGACACCUUGGCUCAUGUGGCUGCAGAGCUCGCUGCAGAUGGCUGAGAGCAGCGCCAGGAGCCUGCAGGACCCCCCUGGCUCUGCCCCUGACGAGAACGAGUUCCCCUUUGGGUACCCCCCCAGCAUCUGCGAGGACGCGCCCGGGCAGAAGUUCCUGUGCAGCAGCUGCCACAACAUCCUGAGGAAAGCCCUGCAGACGCUGUGUGGGCACAGGUACUGCUCUGCCUGCCUCUCCUGGAUCGUCAGAAACAAUAAAAAUGCAAUUUGCCAGAAAUGUAAAGAGGAAGAUCCCAACACUUUAGGUGAGGAAAGCCUCUUGGCAGAAGAAAGGGCUUUUGGUGAUGCUGCCAUUAAUAAAGAGAUUUCUGAGCUCAGAGUGCACUGUGUGACCCUCGGGUGCAGCUGGUCUGGUAUCAUGAAAGAUUUUGAAGAGCAUCAGAGUCUGUGUGAAUAUGCUUUGAUCCCUUGUCACACUGGCUGUGGGCACGUGGUGAUGAGGAGGAAGCUGGCAGAUCACUUGGAAAAUGGAUGUGUCAAUAACGUGACAGUGUGUCAGCAGUGCCAGUGCAGCCUGGCCAGCUCUGAGUGCCAGGAGCAUUCAUGUGAAGGCAGUUUAGGCAAGGAGAAAAAACCUGUGCAGACAGAAACAGCAUCAAAGGAAAAGCAGAGCCACUCUACAUCCUCAUCCAGCAAGGAAGGCUGUUGUUUUUCUGAAGUUGGCUGUGCAUUUAGGGGAAGCAAAGAGAAGAUCCAGGAGCACGAAAAAUCAGCAGUGGGGGCCCACAUGCUGCUGCUGCUGCAGCACAUGAGGCAGCUGCAGGGAACCCUGUGCUCCAAGGGCUUCACCCCACGGCCAGAGCUGAGCUUGAGGAGUGCAGGAAAAGGCACCAGUGAGCUGCAGAUGCCAGCAGGGCUGGGGUUCAGCAGGGACCCAGAGGUGGACUGUUUCCCUGCAUCUUCUGUCCCCGAGGAUGAGUCUGUGCUGCAGCAGCUCGUGAGGGAGAAGGUGAUUUCCGAGCUGGAAAAUAAGCUGCACGUGUUUGAGAACAUUGUGGCAGUGCUCAAUAAGGAGGUGGAGAGCUCUAAUUUGGAAAUCCUGGCCUUCAGGAGGCAGAGUGAACUGGACCAGAACAUGAUACGGAGCCUUGAACUGAAGAUUGCAGAGUUGCACCGGUGCCUGACGCAGAAGGACGCGGGCCUGAGCAGCCUGCACAAGAGCCUGCUGUUCUCUGAGCAAGCCUCCUACGAUGGCAUCUUCCUCUGGAAAAUCACAGAGGUUGGCAGGAAGCUCCAGGACUCUGUGACUGGCAGGACAGUCAGUUUGUACUCCCCAGCUUUCUACACUGCAAAAUAUGGCUACAAGGUGUGUCUGAGGGUGUACCUGAACGGGGAUGGGACAGGGAAAGGAACCCACAUGUCCCUGUUCUUCGUCGUCAUGAAAGGAGACUACGACGCUUUGCUCCCCUGGCCUUUCAGGCACAAGGUGACAUUUAUGUUGCUUGACCAAAAUAACAGGGAACACAUAAUUGAUGCCUUUCGCCCAGACCUGACUUCUGCUUCCUUCCAGAGGCCAGUGAAUGACAUGAAUGUGGCCAGUGGCUGCCCCCUGUUCCUGCCCCUGGCCAAGCUGCAGUCCCCCAAACACGCCUACGUGAGGGAGGACACGCUUUUCCUGAAAUGCAUCAUAGAAACAAAUUAGCACAUGUCCUGAAGUGUGGCUGGCUGGAGAGCUCACCCCUGGAUAUCAACAGAUUGUGAGGGAAAAAACCGCUCAAUUUGAGACCUUGUGGUAGUUUGUGUGUACACAAAAUCCCCAGAGCCUGCACCCCAUGACCCACUGGAGCUGCCCCAGAGCAGAGCUGCUGGAAGGGGAUUAUCCACCAAAGGAUCUCAUGGGUGUCACUCAUGGGCUGGGUGUCACUCAUGGGUUAAGUGUCACUAACAUGAUUUAGGAGUCACUUACAUGGAUUAGGGUCACUCAUGGAUUAGGUGUCACUCACAUGGGUUAGGGGUCACUCACAUGGAUUAGGGUCACUCACAUGGGUCAGGUUUCACUCAUGUGUUAAGUGUCACUCAUGGGUUAAGUGUCACUAACAUGGGUUAGGAGUCACUCAUGGAUUAGGAGUCACUCAUGGAUUAGGUAUCACUCAUGGGUUAGGUGUCACUAACAUUGUUUAGGUGUCACUCAUGGGUUAGGAGUCACUCACAUGGAUUAGGGGUCACUCACAUGGAUUAGGGGUCACUCACAUGGGUCAGGUGUCACUCAUGGGUUAAGUGUCACUAACAUGGUUUAGGAGUCCCUCAUGGGUUAGGUGUGUCACUGUCACCCCUGCCCCACACUGCUGCAGAAGGGGCUGCUCCUCCUCACAGCUGUGACCCUGUGGCUCUGUGUCCCUGAGUCCCUGGGCAGGGCUGGGGCUGAAUUCCCUGAAUUCCCUGGAUUCCCUGCAUUUCCUGCAUUCCCUGAAUUCCCUGAAUUCCCUGAUUUCCCUGAUUUCCCUGCAUUCCCAGGUCUGUGGGUGCUCCUGGGGCUGAGCUGGCCCAUCCUGGGCUGCAGCUCCUUUCCCAGAGCUCUGGGGUGAGCUCCUGUGGGGCUGCAGUGCCUGGCACCCCCGGGGGAGGAUUUUGGCUGCUCCCCAGCAGGAACAAGGGCAGAUUCCUGCCCCCAGGCCCGGACCAGGGGUCUCUGUGCCUCCCCAGGACCCCGGGAGCUGUGGCCCUGCUGUGGGCAGUGCUGUGGCUGCAGCCUCACCCUGCUGGAUUUAUUUCUUGCUGUUUAUCCCAGACCUCUCUUUCUGUGCUCUGUGAGGGGGUGUUGAGCUGCAUGGGCAGGCAGGGAGCAGGUUACGCUGUGCUUGGGGGAAUUGCCUCUGGGAUUUCCAAAGGAGCCCUCGGGCUUUCCCACUGUGGAUGCAGAUUCUGGGAAGGCCAGAGCUCUGCCCCAGGCAGGGUGAGCUCCCUCAGAGGUCUGGGCUGGUGUCCUGCACCUUCAAGGCAGGUGACUUAUUAGAAAUUAUUGAUUUUUUUUUUUUUUUUUCUUACUGUGCUCUGAUGUUUAAGUUUUUUUGCAUGCUAAAAUACAACUAACUGCUAGAAAUAGUUUUAUUCUUCUUGGGUUUCCUAAUGAAGGAAUUAAUAACUUUUUUAAUAAGCAAGACAAACUUGGGGCUGUCUGGAUGUGUGGAAAAUCUUUCACUUCUGUCUUGGCAACAGCCUUUAAAAUAAUUAGUUGUGAUAAAGCAUCACAUUUCAAAAACACCCACCCCAUAAACAAAUAUUUAUCAAAGUUUGUUUGGGAAGGAACUGGAUAUUCUCUGUAUCUUUUCCUCUAUUCCACCUUUCAAAUGCUCUUUCAGGGACCCAGUACUGGAAUAAUUUAUCUAACUAUAUUAUGCUUUUCCUCUCUAUCCCUUUGAAAGUGCUGUAUUUAUUACAAUCAUUCAUAUUUUCUUAUGAUUUUAUUUAUUUCCUAAAUAAAGCUCACUAACUUAAGAAA